AUGGCUAAACAAGCCACCACAAAAUCAGUCCCUCCUCCAAAAACAAUGUCAGCCCCCAAAUUCUCGCUGUUCUACGGCCGCCGCAAACCCCGCCCCACCGUCCGCCCCCAACCCAAACCCACCCCCGCUCUAUCCCAGCCCUUCGAUCUCUCCAAAUGGCACCCCGACGACCAUUCUCCGCCGUCCUCCUCCGCCGCCGCCUCUCUCUCCUCCCUCUCCCCCGUCGCCCGCUUCAUCCUCGACGCCUUCCGCAAGAACCGCAACCACUGGGGCCCGCCCGUCGUCGCCGAGCUCCGUAAGCUCCGCCGCGUCACCCCGGACCUCGUCGCCGAGGUCCUCAAGGCCCAAAACGACGCCGUUUCGGCCUCCAAGCUGUUCCACUGGGCGGGUAAGCAGAAGGGCUUCAAGCACACCUUCGCAUCCUACAACGCCCUUGCGUAUUGCCUGAACCGGGCCCACCGGUUCGGGUCGGCCGAUCAAGUCCCCGACUUGAUGGACUCUCAGGGGAAGCCCCCGACUGAGAAACAGUUUGAGAUUCUAAUCAGAAUGCAUUCCGAUGCCAAUAGAGGGCUUAGGGUUUAUCAUGUUUAUAGAAACAUGAAGAGAUUUGGGGUUAAGCCCCGGGUUUUCUUGUACAAUAGAGUAAUGGAUGCUCUGGUUAGGGCUGGGCGUUUGGAUUUGGCAAUGUCGGUUUAUGACGAUUUUCGGGGGGAUGGGAUGGUGGAGGAGAGUGUUACUUACAUGAUUUUGAUCAAGGGGAUGUGCAAAUUGGGGAGAGUGGAGGAAAUGUUGGAGCUUUUGGAGAGAAUGAGGGUGAAUUUGUGUAAGCCGGACGUGUUUGCGUAUACCGCUAUGAUCAAGGUGUUGGUUUCGGAGGGGCGGUUGGAUGGUUGUUUGAAGGUUUGGGAGCAAAUGAGGAGGGAUAGAGUCGAGGCGGACGCAAUGGCGUAUGUGACAAUGGUCACCGGGUUGUGCAAGGGAGGGAGGGUGGACAAGGGGUUUGAGUUGUUUAGGGAGAUGAAGGACAAGGGUUUAUUGAUUGAUAGAUCGAUAUAUGGGGUGCUGGCGGAGGGUUUUGUGGAAGAUGGCAAGGUUGGGGCGGCAUGUGACAUGUUGAGGGAUUUGGUGGGAUCGGGGUAUCGAGCUGAUUUGGGGAUAUAUAAUUCCCUCAUCAGGGGUUUCUGUGAUGUUAAACGGGUUGAUAAGGCGUACAAGCUUUUCCGAGCUGCAGUACAGGAGGGUCUUGGAGCGGAUUUUGCAACCGUGAGUCCCAUUCUGGUGUCUUAUGCUGAGAUGAGAAAACUGGAUAAGUUCCAUGAGUUGCUUGCACAGAUGGGGAAAUGUGGUUGUCCUGUCAUGGAUGAUCUUUCAAAAUUCUUCUCCAUUGUUGUCGAAAAAGAGGAUGGUGUGAUGAUGGGUUUGGAGGUGUUUGAACACUUGAAAGCUAGAAGCUAUUCUAGUGCUGAGAUCUACAAUAUCCUUAUUGCUGGCCUCCACAAAUUCGGGAAAGUGAAGAAAGCACUAUCUCUUUUUGAUGAAAUGAAGAGUUCCGAUUUCCAGCCCGACUCGUCCACUUAUAGCUCUGCAAUUAUGUGUUAUAUUGAAGAAGGAGAUCUCCAUGAAGCUUGUGCCUGUCACAAUAAGAUAAUUGAAAUGUCUUGUGUUCCUUCUAUUGCUGCCUAUCGAUCUCUUGCUAAAGGGCUUUUCAAUGUUGGAGAGAUUGAUGCAGUUAUGCUGCUAGUCAGGGACUGCUUAGCUAGUGUGACAAGUGGGCCCAUGACAUUCAAGUAUUCUCUUACUGUUUUUGAUGCAUGUAGAUCCAAUAAUGCUGAGAAGGUGCUUGACAUACUGAAUGAGAUGAUGCAGCAGGGUUGUCCACCAGAUCCUGCUAUAUACUCUGCUAUAAUCUCUGGCAUGUGUAAGCAUGGCACAAUAGAGGAGGCAAGGAAGGUAUUUUUAAAAUUGAAAGAGCGCAAACUUAUGACAGAAGCCAGCAUGAUUGUGUAUGAUGAUAUGUUAAUUGAACACAUGAAGAAGAAGACCGCAGAUCUGAUAGUGUCAGGUUUAAAGUUUUUUGGUCUAGAAUCCAAGUUGAAAGCAAAGGGUUGUAAGCUGCUGUCAGGUUGAAAUUAUUAAUCCAGCAUCAAAGUGAAGAGAAGCUUCAGCAUGCUCCCCGAUGAUAUCCUUUACAUAGAGUUGGCACAUUUUGUGUAAAGCCUCAUAUCCAAUCAACCAUUGUCCUCUUCUGAAAUUCAUAAAUGUCUACCACACUCCAGUGAAUUCCAAAUUUCCUAGAAUUUUCUUUUGGUAAAGAUCUGAAAACUGUGAAUUCUUGCUGUAGAGCCAUGGAAGUUCUACGUAUAUUUAGUUUUUUGGUCACAAUUUGGUGAACUACCUAUUAUGUGUUCAUAUAUCAUGUAUGUCAUUUGCAGAUGUUGGACGACAAAACUCAUGUACAAGGUGGUGAAACCUGGUAAACAAUGAACCUAAGUUCACACUCUUGUGCUUGACAAUUGAGAUAUGUUUCCUCUCUUAAUUGGAAAAGAUGAAGGAGGUCAAUUUCUUUAUGAAAUUAUAACGUAGUUAUUUGAAAGUGCUUAUAUGCUACUUUACUAAUGGUAAUACAACAAAGCGAUAGAUCUAGAGCUCUUUUGAGUUUAUGCGGUAGUUUUGAA